UGCGCGUAGCUGCAUCCAUUUUCCGUCCCAAUGCCGCGCGCCCUGCACCUUCUUGAGUUUCUCUCAACAUUCUGCCUUGCCUAUCCAUUUUCGCCUUCAACGCUCGAGGUGAGCUAUGCCUUUGCUGCGUGAGAGAUUUACUGGAUCGUGGCCGUCAUUUUGUUCUAAACACAAAUCUCUGGUCCUUUAUUCGAAGAAGCAACGGCUUGUUCGGUCAACCUCCAUGAUCUGGAUGCAAAUCAAGUGAAGACCUGAAGAUCGCUAGCCUCUCCGGUUGGCACUCAGGCUGAGAAAGCAGAAAUGCCACGGCAACCAAAGACAUACAAUGGUGACACGAUCAAUUUUAAACAGAUCGCUGGGCUCCUCACCAGUGGGACAAUUACAACACGUACCGAUGCCAUUGGAACUCUAUUGGCCUUUUUUGAUGCCGUCGAACGCGGCUCGCAGAGGAACCCCUUUGAUGACAAGUCCUACCACUCACUCUACGAGGCCUUGUUCCGCUGCGCCCUCAUAGAGAAGGAGAGCUACUUUAGCUCCAAAAAGUCGGCCAAAUCUAUUGCAAGGCUAGAAAAAUGUGCUCGGGCCUUACGAACAGCUGUUCGUCAUGGAGCUACCAAGAUCAAGCGCAAGACGGCCAAGGCCAUCAUCGACCACAUCGCCCAGGUCCUUCCCGGGCCCGACGGGAGCUACAUUGCGCCUCUCCUCGAGGACUACGUCAAAACUCUCAGCGCCUUUCUCGAGUUCUCAGCUAACGUCGAGAAUCUCGCCAUAGGCGAGACCUGGGAUACGUGUGUCAUUUUCUGUGUCGAGGCACUUUACCGUUACCUGGAAACGGGUGAUCGAGAGGGCGCGUCCUUGUCCCGCGCUUCACCGGCUCCGGGGUCGACUGCCAGGUCUGGUUCCGUUGCCCUACCACAGGGAUCCGGCCAAAUCGGUGGUAUGAUGGCUCUCGAGUUCUUAACAUGCCUCAACCUACUCGUGGCCGCUCCAAACGCGCCGAUAUCGAGGAAAGCGGACAAGAUCUCAGCCGUGGUGCUGCAGAUCCUUCAGCUCCGGCAGAUGAAGAUAGGAGAGCUGCAGAAAGUAGCCUUCUCGACCUUCAAUCUUGUCUUCCAACGCACCCAAGUCGACGAUGUCGCCCUAUCCAAGAGGCUGGCCAGGAAUAUGAUCCCCCUGGUUUCGUAUUGGUGGCAGCCGCGCGCUCUCUCGCGAGACGCAAUGUUGAAUUCUGUCCGCGACGAAAUGCUCAAGACGAUUUAUGGGACACAUCUUUACGUCGAGAGCCUGCUUCGGGACGCCACUGAUGAAUCUUUCUUCCAAGACGUCGAGGAUUUGUUGGAUUCUUUGUGGUCCGACUAUUCAAAACGCGAGGACCGCGCCCGGCUUCAGCUCGAUGAUGUGACCUUCACUGGGUUGUGUCUACCCGAGGACCAUCCUUCCACUGCCGUCUUCAGCCUCCGUCCGUACAACCAAGCAGGCGAACAGAAUUGGGCUCUUCUCGAGAACCUCGCCAUUCUGGAGGCUGCUUACUCGCGGCACUCCCAACGGGAGCACAGCCAACAACAUCCCGGCCAUGACCAGCCCCGGAAGAGACGCCGGGUAGCCGGGAGCGCCAACAGGAUACUCCAGAAGAUCAAAUCAUUGGACCCUGCGGUUCGCCUAUCUGCUCUGCAGCUCAUACCAUUCCUAGCCAAACGGAAGCCGCUUUUGUUAGAAGACAUCUCUGAGGCGGUUGCAGACUUGUCCAAGUCUGUGACUGCCAAACAGGGUGCAGUUGCGUCUUGGGCGAUGGUCGCCUGUUCCAGCUUUGCUGCAUAUGAGGCAUCCCAGCACGCAUCUCUUAGCUCCUCCUGGAAACAUCUCUGGCACCUGGGCGUACGAGCCUUGUCGCUGCCGCCUACCAGCCGUGCUGCUUGUGUCCUGCUCCAUUCGGUGUUGAAAGCGAACCUCGUGCCGAGACAUGAGCUCGCGGAUGAUGUCAACCAAAUCGUCACAACCGCUGAUAUUAGCGGCCCGUCAGUGCUGGUCGACUCGUCGCUCACCCUCAUGUUGAGCCUACUGCGCCUUCGCAACAACAUGUUCCCCAAUGCCAGUCAAGCCACUUCGAACCACAUUAUCCGGUGGGUGUUCGUCCGAUGGAGCCCUGCUGAGUUGAUAUACGCCUCCUUCCAUGCCACUCAUGCGACCCCGUUUGAUAUUGCCAAUCUUCUGAAGGCUUGUUAUGGUGCCCCAGCACUCACUAUGCCAGCGCCACUUCGCUUGUUCGGCGGUCCCAUUUGCCAGUUUUGGAAAAGCCAGACGGAAACUCAUUCAUUCAUACGGUACCUGCUUCUUUCAGACCAGGAUGACGCCGCGGCGCCAACCACGGCACUCACUGCGAACACAUCUUUAAUCGAUGAGCAACAAGCUGAGCAUCAGCCAGUGGCCGAUCCAUCCGGGUCCCAUGCGGCAAGGCGGCUGGCGCUUGAGUUGCUCUAUCCAAAGGUUGAAGAACUGCACCAGUUGACAGAGUCAUGGCAAAAACGCGGAGCAGAGGGUGCAAUCCCAGUUUCUACCGAGCGGCUUCAGAGCAUCGUUCUCGCGUGCCUCACCGGAGCUCUCCUGCUUCCAGAACUUGUCAACUUAAAUUCCUCCGCAUCCAGGGACCUUGAAACCACACUGUUUGGCAUCGUUGAUGCCACAUUCCGAGUGAUCUCGGCCGCUCCCUCGAGCGAGAACUUUUUUGACCUGGUUCUGACGUCUUCGGCCGCGUACAUCUCCCCACCUAUGGAAGCAGAGUUGGUCUCUUUGAAGAGAGACAGGUCGCAUCUGCUGAAAUUCUUCGGAAAACUUUCCGAUGCGUUACACGAGCGGUCCCGUCGAGAAUCGUCUCUCCGAAAUCCCGAUGUUAUUGACAUUGACGACGAGUUCGAGUCGCAGACGAGCCAAAAUAGCACGACAUCCAAGAACAAAAUCCUACCGAGAAGGGAUGUCUUAUUGUCUCACACAUCUGAGGCUUUCUACCUUGAAACCAGUCUGCGAAUACACCUCCUCGAGGCUAUACGUUCGGACGAUGGCGAGAUCGGCCGCGUUCCUGAGACGAUCGUUGACCAACUCGUCGAACUCCCGAAGGAACAGUUUCUAUCCUGUCGUGUGUUCAUGCAAGAGCUCUUCACAUCAGAUGCCAUGGUUCCCCUCGACUCCGCCAUCAAGAUCUUGGAGACCGCUGGGCGUAUAGUCAGCCGGGACGAGUUUUCGUGCUGCGAGGUGGCACUCUGCACUUGUCUCGACAUCAUGGACAGCUUCAUCAGUAUGUGGACUGAUGAUACUUUGGAGAUUUCAGCCAUGGCAGGGGAUCUCUACCAUUACUUGGUAAAAGUUUCCUUGCCCAACAACUCGUUAUCUGCAGCGACGCAGGUUCAGCUCUCAAGCCUGCUCCUGCACCUAUUGGAAGUCAAGUCCACUUAUGCUUCCAGCCUCGAGUUACCGUCCUCCCGGUCAACGCUGAUGAGCAUUCUGCAAGACGGAGCCAUGGACGUCAAGUAUUUUAUCGGACGCAACCUCCCCAAAAUCUUUGGAUUGUAUGUUCUCAAGACACACGACACCAUCUUCGUUGACGUCCUAGAGAGCCUUCCUUCGGACCCGCAUGUCACCGAGGGAAUCGCAUUCCGCCUAUUUGUGCUCGCAGAACUUGCCUGCCGGUGGCCGACUCUCCUCCGCCGAUGCAUCUACCACAUCUUUGAGACUCCAGGGAAGAUAUCCCAGUCAGGGAAGUAUGCGGCCAGCUGUCUCAAGACAAUAUCGCGAACGUUGCAACUCGAUGGGCCCCAGGAGCUUUUCAGGCUCUUCGCCCCGCAGCUGCUGUAUACCUGGCUCGAGGGCGGCUCAAUUCAGGAGAUCCCGUUCGAGAUAUUUGGUUUCCCGAGUCUCCACGACCUGCUCCAGGAAGCCCAGACCGAGGCUGCCGCCAUCAUGAUAAUGCGUGGGCAAGAGAAAGAGGCGCUUGAUCUGGCGCAGGCCUUGGGUUUGACCCCCGAACAACUGGUUCAGCAGAGUUUCACCAAGAUCAUUACUUACAGCAUCGCCCACGAUAUCAGCAUUCCGGGCGGUGCCGACUACGUGACCGGGGAGAGUCGGCUUAGGAAGAUCCUAGGCAAGGAAGGGUUUCUCGCAAACAUCCACCUCAACUUCGCCGACAUCAUCGCCACCUUCUUUGACAUCUUUGACCAAGAAGACCCAAUCGAGAAGGCUUUCCGGAGGGAUGAACGAUUUGCCUAUGCGGCAAACGCCAUGGAGGAGAUCAAAAAGCUCGGGCACCUACCCGCUGCCCUUCCUUCAAAUCAGCAGCCGAUGUUCAAGGCAAAGUAUUUGCCGAGAGAGAUCGUCCACCUGUGCAGCCGGACCCCUUACGAGCCGGAAACGUUGUGGACACCUGCCCUUGUCGUCUUCGUAGCCCGCAAGCUGUUGAACACGAUACACCCGGCGCUCGGCCCACUCCAUGCUUGCUCGGUCCUGCGCAAAAUCCGCGUUAUGAUAUGUAUGGCUGGCGACCACGCAACUUCAACGUACCCUCUAGAGAUGCUCCUACAUUCCCUGCGAGUGUUUGUAGUUGAUCCGGAGUGCGCCGAUGAUGCUCUGGGCAUCACACAGUAUCUCAUUCUCAAAGGAGACAGCCACCUUAGGCAGACGCCAUCCUUUCUCGCUGGAUACGCCCUCUCCAGUCUAGCAGACCUCCGCGUCUUCCUCGAGUCGAGCCAGUCCAGCACGACACAAGAAAGCCAGUUCAAGGCAACCAUGACCAAGGCACAACUCUUCCAUUCGUGGUUCUCCAAGUACCUAGCUAGCUAUGACUCUCCCGCGUUUCAGGACGACGCGCAGAAACGUGCCUUCAAGUCCAUCACGCAAUCAGCUGCUCAUAUUCGAGCUUCUGGCAAUGCGGAGAAGGGCACACACGAAAGUAAUCUGCUCUUGGAAAUCCUCGAAGAUUGGGACCGCAAGAACCAACUCCUGAACGAGCCCGCGCGAGACGUCGCUCUUUCCAUGCUCUGUGGGGUUUUCAAAGUCCCUCCAUCCAGCCGAUUCGAUGUCAUUGAGAGCGAUGACGACGCACUGAGCCAUAGUGCCGUUGUGUGGAGGAGCUGCGCCUCGCAGCGGUUGGGCGGAGAAUACCUGGCCUGGGCCGGCAGGGUUCUGGGUCGUUCAUUUGCAGCGUCUGGCGAAGUCCCGGAUGAGCUGCUGCGUGAGUCUCAUCUCAAGGAGUACCGCAGGUUGUCGUUAGACAUCGGGGGCUCAGAGGAGGGGCUGCUGAAUCUCAUUGAGGCGCUCACUGUCAGUGGUGAUUGCUUCACAGCCGGCCUGGCAGAGGCUGCGCUGCGGACCGUCGUCUCGGAUGCUGUGAGCGAUGACGAUCAUGACCUUCUCGGCGCCUGCCAGCAGAGCCUUGCCGAGCCGUUGCUGAUUUCGUCAAACUGGGAUCCUUACCGCACACCGCGGUCUGAUGGAUACAAGGUAGAUAUUCCUUCCGAAACGGAAGUGUUCUCAGCCAAGCACUUUGAGAGUCCAAACUGGUCACAGCAGCUUGCCACGCUUUUGGCCCAGUCGGUGCCUGAGAUUGUGACGCUGAGGGUCUUGCCCCCAAUCCUCAGCAAGGUCAAAGGAUUUGCGGAGCGGGCAUUCCCCUUCGUUGUCCAUCUGGUUUUGACCUACCAGUUGGAUAAGCAACAAGGCGUAAAACGGCAGCUGUCGGAGGCCCUCAAGGGAUGGCUUGACUCCGCCUCGGACUUGGCCAAGGAGAACCUCAAGCUUCUGAUCAAUACCAUCCUCUACUUGAGAACCCAACCACUGCCCGGCGAGACCUCAAUCGCGGAUCGGGGACACUGGCUCGACGUCAAUCUUUCGAGCGCAGCGGCAGCUGCCACACGAUGUGGCAUGUUCAAGGUUGCCGUCUUGUUCGUUGAGCUGGCCAACUCUGAAUCAUCCAGGGGCUCACGGCGCGCCUCCGCACUCAGAGAAAUUGAAGAUUCGAGCGAGAUCUUAUUGGACAUCUUUGAGAACAUUGAUGACCCGGAUGCGUACUACGGUUUAAACCAGGACGCUUCACUCUCCACCGUCGUGUCUCGCCUGGAGUAUGAAAAUGACGGAGGCAAGAGCCUUGCUUUUCGCGGCGCUCAGUACGACAGCCACCUGCGGAGUAGGGAUUCUGCCUCGCGACAGGAUGGCCAAGCGCUUAUCAAGGCGCUAAGUAGUCUCGGCCUUGCGGGUUUAUCCAACUCCCUUCUUCAAACGCAGCAGAGCCUGGACGGUUCCUCCGACUCGCUCGAUGGAACAUUUACCACGGCGAGGAGACUCGAGGUAUGGAACCUUCCAGCGCCGUCAACCAACGACAACUGGGCCGUUACGGUGUACAAAGCAUAUCAGAGCAUGCACCAGGCUCCUGAUGUUGACGCCGUGAGAGGCGUAAUUCACGACGGCCUGAGGAGCACUGUCCGGCACCUGACCAGCCGCAACCUCAACACUUCGACACUGCGGCAUCAGCUCGGAGCACUCGCGGUGUUGGCGGAGCUGGAUGAUAUACUGAACGUGACCGAUCAGCCUGAGCUGCAAACUUCGCUGGAAAACUUUGAGAAGCGGUCCAAGUGGAUGAUGAGUGGCCGAUACCCCGACGUGGGCCAGAUUCUAUCCUGUAGAGAGACCACGCUGAGCAUGUGGAGUCAGCAGCACAAGCUGAGAGCUACGAGGUUAACGCCGGCGGAUGCUCGUCUCGUCCAAGUCCGUGGCAUGCUGCUCUCAUCCGACAUCUUCCGCUUCCAUCGCGCCAACCAGGAGACUCUGAAUCUCUCGACGGCGCUCACAGGCCUCAUCCGAUCGAGCGAGUUACUGGGCCUCAGCGUCGACGCUGCGAUCAAAAUGGAAGCGGCUAACUCAUUGUGGGAUCACGGAGAGAUGAUCACUUCUAUUCGGAUGCUGCAGAACGUUGAUAAGGACUCGUCACUAAAGAAACAGACUGUGCCGGUCAGCCGGUCGGACCUCUUGUCGAAGAUCGGCUACCAGGUUUCUGUUGCGAGACUUGAGAGUCCGGACAGCAUUCAGAAAAAGUAUCUCGAGCCAGCACUCAAAGAACUCAGAGGCAAGAUUGAAGGAAAGGAAGCCGGCCAGGUGUUCCAUCAGUUCGCCAUGUUCUGUGACGAACAGCUCCAAAACCCUGACAGCUUAGAGGACCUAGGACGUCUGCAGAAUCUCAAGAAGGGCAAGGAUGAAGAGGUUGCCCAGCUGAAGGCCCUGAUCGCUAGCUCCAAGGACUCUCAGCACAAGAACCGGUACUCCAGCCAUCUAGCAAAAGCGAGGCAGUGGCAAGAUCUUGACCAACAGGAACUCCGCCGGGUUGAGCAGAGUCGAUCCGAGUUCCUCAGGUUGAGUCUGGAGAACUAUCUACUCUCUCUCGCUGCAUCGGACGAGUACAACAACGAUGCUCUGCGCUUUAUGGCCCUUUGGCUGGAGCAGUCAGAGGAGGAGGUUUCAAACGAGGCCGUUAAGAAGUACAUCGGCAAGGUUCCGACCCGCAAGUUCGCGCCCUUGAUGAACCAGCUUUCCUCGCGUUUGCAAGACCAGCCGGCACUAUUCCAGAAGCUUUUGAUUGACCUGGUCUACCGCAUCUCCGUUGACCAUCCCUACCAUGGCAUGUACCACAUCUGGUCUGGGGCAAGGACUCGCGUCAACAAGGAUGAUGAGAUGGCCGUCUCUCGGCAAAGAGCAACCGAUCGGGUGGCAAAGGCACUCACUAAGUCGGAGACGGUGGCCAAAAUUUGGCCAGCUAUCGAUCAGACAAGCAGAGCGUACCAUGCGCUUGCUAUGGAUCGUGAUCCUAACAGGUACAAGGCUGGACAAAAGAUCGCUAUUAAGAACUCGUCCGUCGGCCAGAGCUUUUUGAGUAUACUCGCCAGAUACCCCAUCCCGCCUCCGACGAUGCAGAUGGCAUUGUCAGCCAGUCAAGAUUACUCGGACGUGCCAAUGAUUCACAAGUUUGAGCCGGACAUGUCCAUUGCCUCGGGUGUGAGCGCCCCCAAGAUCAUCACCGCCGUGGGCACCAACGGUCAGCGGUUCAAGCAGCUCGUCAAGGGAGGAAAUGAUGACCUGCGCCAGGACGCCAUCAUGGAACAGGUAUUCGCCGCCGUGUCCGAACUCCUCAAGCUCCACCGGACAACAAGACAGCGAAAUCUCGGCGUCAGAACUUACAAAGUCCUCCCACUCACCUCCUCCUCCGGCCUCAUCGAGUUCGUGUCCAACACAAUUCCUCUCCACGAAUACCUGAUGCCCGCCCACGAGAAGUAUUACCCCAAGGACCUCAAAGGCUCCCAAUGCCGCAAAGAGAUCUCCAAUGCCCAGACCAAGGCCACUGAGACCCGCACCUCAGUCUACCGCAAGGUCACCGAGCGCUUCCACCCGGUCAUGCGCUACUUCUUCAUGGAGUACUUCCCCGACCCCGACGAGUGGUUCCACAAGCGCACCGCCUACACCCGCACGACAGCCGCCAUCUCCAUGCUAGGCCACGUCCUCGGCCUGGGCGACCGGCACGGGCACAACAUCCUGCUCGACACGGAAACGGGCGAGGUCGUGCACAUCGACCUGGGCGUCGCCUUCGAGAUGGGCCGCGUGCUGCCCGUGCCGGAGCUCGUCCCCUUCCGCCUGACGCGCGACAUCGUCGACGGCAUGGGCAUCACCAAGACGGAGGGCGUUUUCCGCCGCUGCUGCGAGUUCACGCUGGACGCGCUGCGCGAGGAGGCGGCGUCCAUCCAGACCAUCCUCGACAGCCUGCGCCACGACACGCUGUACCAGUGGUCCAUCUCGCCCGUGCGCAUGGCCAAGCUGCAGAACGCGCGCGGCUCGGCCGGGGACGGCGAAGAAGGCGAGGGCGAGGAUGUCGGCGGGGCCGGGCGCGAGCGGAAGGUGAAUGAGCCGAGCGAGGCGGAUCGCGCUAUCGAGGUGGUCAAGAAGAAGUUGAGCAAGACGCUGAGUGUCAUGGCGACGGUGAAUGAUUUGAUCAACCAGGCGACGAGCGUGUCGAACCUGGCGGUUUUGUAUUCGGGUUGGGCGGCAUAUGCUUGAGUAGUGUGUGGCAUGGGUCGGCAAUCUGAUGUAUCAUAUGUUGUUAUACUGAAUAAACCAGUUCUCCUGUC